AAAAAUAGAAGCCCCAUUUUCCACUGCGAGACUGAGUUUGAGGGCUUUCCUUGACCUUCUCUCCCUCUUCCCAAAAGCUUUUCGAUCCAAUCGCUCCUCUUUCGAUCGCCCGAAGACAUUAUGUUCAGAUAAUGGUUAAAGAUUGAGGAGUUCCAGGGACGAGUCAGGGGUUUGGUUUUCAAGGCUUUGCAAGGGGAGAGGGAGAGGAGAGGAUGUCAAGUGGCAGAAACACCCAUUGGUGUUACCGAUGCAGGCGGGCAGUUCGACUACGAGGACGAGAUUCAGUUUGCCAUGGCUGUAAUGGAGGAUUUGUUCAAGAACUUGAAGAUAUGGGCUAUAUCAGACCAUUUGAGUUCUUAGGACUGGACGUUGAUGAAGAUCGCGAUAGGAGGUUAGGACUUGUGGAAGCUUUCUCAGCCUUGAUGAGGCAUCGAUUGGCAGACAGAAGCCAUAGUCAUGAUGUCAGGGCUAGAUCAGAUUCGGUUCCAGAACAUACAUCGGGCGUUGGUCCUUUGCUGAUCUUUGGUGGCCAAAUUCCUAUUAGGUUGUCUGGAAAUGGUGGGCUUGAAGCACUUUUCAACGGGACUCCAGGUAUUGGUCUAACACAGGGUAAUGCUGGUGAUUAUUUUAUAGGUCCUGGACUGGAAGAGCUGUUUGAACAGCUUUCAGCUAAUGACCGGCGAGGCCCUCCCCCAGCAGCAAGAUCUUCAAUUGAUGCAAUGCCAACCAUUAGGAUCACACCGAGGCAUCUUCGUUCCGAUUCACACUGUCCUGUCUGCAAGGAUAAAUUUGAGCUGGGCAAUGAAGCUAGGCAAAUGCCAUGUAAUCAUAUGUAUCACUCAGAUUGUAUUGUCCCAUGGUUAGUUCAGCACAACUCAUGCCCUGUAUGCCGCCAAGAACUGCCUCCACAAGGAUUGAAUAGUGGCCGUAGCUCAAGUAGUCGUAAUAGAAGUAGCAGUUAUGGUAGUACUGCUGAUGGAAGGGAGAAUAGCAGCAGGGAGCAUCAAGGAAGAAGGAACCCAUUCUCUUAUUUGUGGCCAUUCCGCUCAUCAAAUUCUAGCUCUAACCAUAAUGGAACUGCAGGAAGCAGCUCUCCGACAAUUCAUGAGACCAACCAGCAUACAGGUUAUUCAGGAUGGCCUUUUGACUAAGUCGUGUUUAGAACGGGGUUUGCAUGAUUGCCACAUUGUGAUCAAGUUUAAACUGAAUUGUGUUGCUUGAUGGUGAAUUGUGUUCUUUUCCUGCUUUGUAGCUUGCUGUUUUUUCUGUAAAUGAAUCCCCUUUUGGUAAAUUCUGUGUGUUUCUGUUUUUUAA